AUGAUAGCAGAGCAAAGAGAGGAGUUUAGAUCUCUGGAGGCCAGAUUGAGAGCCAGUGAGAAGAUGGUGGAGGAGCUGAGGAGGGAGAGAGAUGAGAGCAGGGUGUCUUUCUCAGCCUCCCUUGUCUCCACUGGGAGUGUCACCUUUGGACCCUACAGUGGCCCCCAGCCAACCCUAGUCUACAAUCACAUCUUCAGCAACAUCGGAAAUGCCUACAACCCACACACAGGGAUCUUCACUGCUCCAGUCAGAGGCAUCUACCACUUUGUGUUCUUUGUCUUUGGGGAUGGCAGUUCAUCCACGUCUACUGCAGUAUCUCUUAACAAGAAUGGACAACAUGUCGCACUAGCGUAUGCUCAUCAGCCAAGUCAUCAGAUGACGCCAUCAAAUGGGGUGUCUUUGCUGCUGGAGGUAGAUGAUGUGGUCUAUAUCAAGGCAUGGGGCAAUUCCUGGGUGAGGGACAGUUACAAUCACCACAGCACCUUUUCAGGUCACCUGCUCUUCCUGAUGUGA